AGUGGGUCUACGAAGGCGAAUACAAUUUCAAGUUUACGUUGCGGAAGCAUUACAGAAGUGAUGAUUUCGUCGGCGACAUCGCAAAAGGAUGCAAGGUUGUCGGGAGGAUGUUCGGCGGGUACGGCCAGCGUGCGAUGUCUUUGUCCUCCUUUGUCCCGCUAUCGCCGGGGCACGACGAAGACGUUCACGUGACAGACUUCCUCGAGGUUUGGGCGAGAUCACGUACCUCUGUCCGUGCCGUGGAUGUCGGACCUGGGACAUCGAUCAGUGGUCCGAUUGGGUUCGCGGGAGGAGAGUGCUCUGAAAGGAGGAUGGGAGGUCAGGGUGGCCUGCCAGCUACGCCUCCUGAUCAAGAGGUGGGCAUGUCAGACGACUUGGAGGACGACCAUCCGCGUGCUCCUUUGAAACCGGGCUUGCAGGGAUCUCGCCGCCAAGGUUUGUUUGGGGAGUCGACGCCACGUGGAGGCGGCGAUGGCGAACGGUUGCAACAGGGCUCAGAAUCGACGACUCCUCGUCGUCUGGUCGAAAGGAUCGGUGCGUUCGUUCGUGGCAUGCAGGUGGCCGAGGUUUCUCCUGGCGAUCACACGGGUGGUUCGCAGGUUCGAGAAGUGUGUGGGUCAGAUGAGACAACUCGUCGGGCCCGACCUGCGCCUGCGCAGCUGCAGAUGGAAUUGAGCCAGGAACGAGAAGCAAGUGGGAACGUCGCUGACUGGGAAGACGCGUACAACCACCGAUCCUUAUACGAGUUCCUCGUUGAUACCAUCGCGUCGGUUAUGAUCGACUGCUAUGAACGUAAAGACAUGAGAUACACGAAGCCCAUUUUCGUUCUCACUCUGAUCGUCGCGCCUCCUGAGAGGGGUGAGCCUGCUGUGCGCGUGCUACCUGGUGAUUUCGACAGCUCACAGCCGGAGAAAUAUUGGUAUUAUCCUGUGUGUGGACAGCAUAACGCGAGGGCAGCGAUGAAGGUGAAAGACCAUCCCGUGUUUGAGUACUACAACUUAUGUAAAUGGCCGUUCAGACCGAUCUACUUCCCUGAUGACGAGUUAGACGGCUACGCCCAUGUCAGCUGCGAAGACAACAUGAAAGACAAGAAGAAUCCACCGCGCUUGCAGGUUUUGUCUAUGCAGAACAUUCGCAAUAUCUGGAAAAUUAAGGGCAAACCGCGUGUGGUGCUCGACAAUGCGUCGAAGAAAAAGGACGAGGUGCGAAAGUGGGUGCAGCUCAUGGCGUUGGCUAUGAAGAAGACACCAUACACGCCUUUGUGGAACCUGUCAACGAAAGAAAAGAAAAGAAAGGAAUGGGCUGAGAAACUUCGAUACUACCUCCCGCUGGCCAUGGCAGAUGACUCCGUCUUUGCUUUGGGGGAGAAGUUCUAUGAAGAGUGGUCGAACGGGAAACUCCUUGCUUCUGACGGUCGGCGUUGGACUGAAAAGCCGGCCACCCAUGAGGAGGUGUCCAAGCCAGGACUCUCCACUGUGAUUGACAGCCAGGGGCUGAAGAAACAUGUCUGGUACGUGAAGGUGGACGACCCGUUGUUGAAAAAGGGCAAGGGGAAGCCAAAGAAAGGCACGGAGGAGAAAACUUACUACGUCCAAGUUCCUGAGUUGGAUGUCCACUGCUGGAAGGAAUUGGUGGACUUGACGGACCGCGAGAAGAAAAGGUCGUUGAACGGCAUCUUGAACCUUAACGUCGUGUGGGUUCAAACGAGUAGCAAGAAGUUGGCCGAGCAGGGGAAGUUCAGUGUCAAGAAGAUGGUCGACAUAAUAAAAAUGGACCGGAUUAUGCUGAGGCUGUGGCACUACGUGGAGUUCGAGUACGAGGAAAUGGAUAAGCGGGAGUGGAAUGCCAACUUCACGUUCUUCAGGUCCAAGAAACAACUGUUGGAAGAGCAACAAGCUUUGGAACGAGAGCAGGAAAUUUUUCACGGACACCGCGGAGCUGUUGCCGAAGACAACGCCGCCGCUCUCCGGAGGAAACAGAAAGUGACACCCACGGAUGUGGAGGAGAAGUCUUUCAAGUCCUUGACUUUCGCGGACAUCGGAAACCUCACCCAGAGGGGGGAUCUGUACAAGGAUGGCGAGCGGAAUCCGAAUCAGUUAUGCAAUCAGCUUCUUUUCUUCUAUGGUGUGGCGGAUGUCGUGUUAUUCUUGGGCAAGCCGCAUGCGCAGGUGGUGUGGAGUCUGCUUCACCAGGGAAGGCACGUCUUGGUCGUGGAUGGGGACACAACGCAACUCGAAUACACCGUGCAGUAUGUCACCCAUGAAGUGUCGUCCAAGGCUUACCCAUGCGAUUUCCCCCAUGUUGUGGUCGAGCCCGUUUAUGACCCGAAUAAGGACAUGUUCUUCAAGUUGACUCCGAAGAAAAGGCGUCAGGUCUACUCCUUCCUUUACGGCGAACAACCAAGGUUGAGAUUUGAGCCGCAGUACGUGGUGCGGAAGGAAGUCGCCAUUGCGGUCCUCCAGGGCUACCACGGAGCGAGAGUUGUGAAGCGCAAGUCUCGCGGAAAGGACGACGAAGGGGAUGGUGAAGGCGGCGGGCAACGAGGUACCGGAGGUAGAAGUGAACAGCGGUCGACGAAACAGUGGUCUCCGGGGCACGCGGGCGGCGGAAAGGGGAAAAAGGGUAGCCGAGAGAAGAAAAAGCCUCGCAGCGUAGAGAAGACAAAGCAUCACACAGGAGACGAGCAGGGUUCCGAUGUCGACCGCGACGAGGACGGUGGGGUUUUGGCGGUAACAGGCAGCACCUCAAUGGAGACGGGGAACGCCUUCAGGCCUGGGUGGGUUGCGCGGCCUUUCGAGCAGGACCCUGUGAUUAGCUCCACCAGCGCAAUACAGUUUACCGAUGUGGUUGGCGGGACAGUUAUUGCAAAGAAUGGAACCUUCUUCGCUCAGCUCCAAAAACGGUUGGCGGAUUGUCUCGGAUCAAUCCGAAUCUCGGAGACGACAUUGUCGUCCGGAACUCAGUGCCUUCCGGGAAGCGAGACGACAACAUACCACGGAUCCGGCAGCGACAAGCUCGACCCAAGUUCAGUUUCGCCUCAAAAGGAAGUUCGGAUUAAUCCGAACCGGGAAGCUAGUACCGUCGAGAGAGCACAACAGUCUACGAAACUCGAACGGGUGGUCCGGGUUUUCGAAAACCCUGGCGGUGAAAUUCGGAUUCAUCUGAACCAGGAGGACGUGUCCGCCAUGACAGACAAUCGAUGUCAGGACGCCGUAAUGUUGUGCAUGGAAGUCCACAAGGAACUGCAGGCAGGUUGUCCGACUGAGGUUGAGUUAGCGACCAGUUUCAAUGUCGAGCCCCGCACAUUUGGUGUUGAAUGCCUAGUGACGGUACGCGCUGAGUUAGCUGUCUUAAGCGAUUCUCCGGUAAAAACGGACACGUCGUCAGCGUUGGAAACUGCGGGGGCUCGGAUGAAUCUGAACCAGGGCCCUGUGAGCAUGUCCCUCCCUGAUGCAGCUUUGGAGACGACCGUAAUUCGGAUUCAUCCGAGACACACGGACGAAGGACUUCAACUGGCAGGCGUUGAGGGUUGUCGACUUCUGACGACUUUGGACAAGGACGAUUCCGCCGACGACCGGAUUGAUCCGACACUCAGCGACGUCGGGUUGGAGCAACCAGUUCAGCCGGGAAACGACGACCCCGUGUACUCCGGCCUUCACGACGAGGUGAUGGGAGAGGGCGUUCUGAAGAAGUCCUCUGACGCUGUUGGAGAUAGAUUUCUCUAUUUGAGUGACGACGAUAAAGACACAGCGCACGAGGACAAGAAGUUAAGAGGGGGAGAGGUGUUGUUGGACAUCCAUGGGACCUUGAGCACAAUACAAUACGACACAGUGGCGAUGGAGAAAACCCGACCUGUCGAUGUUGUGGACGUCGACGCUCUUUGUCCGGAGACAAACACACUAAAAUUACCCGUCGCGGACGUGGUGGAUUUCCACCAUCGGGAUGGGGAUGAAUUUAUGCCGUCUGCGGUCAUCGACGCCGACAUCUCGAACCUGUCAAGUUUCCCUGUGGGUUUGGAGCACGUCGUCGCCGCGUCGACGCGCACGGGGGCGCCAAUCGUGCUGGGACUGCCGUCGGUGGACUCUAGUGACGUGGAAGCUAAGCCUGGUAAGCACUGACUUCCUCUGCUUGCUUCCCGCUUGUCAUCCCGUUCGU